CCACACAAUGUUGCCAUAGCAACUGUAGUUAGUUAGCUAGCGAUAGCAUUACAAAUAGCUUAGCUAGCAGGUUAGCUGAGUAAGGUAGGUGAGGUAGCCAAGCUAGGUUUGGAGCUUAUAAAUAAUUUUAAAUAUACAACUAAAAUAUACAACAGAAUUUAGGUGCUACAAGAGGCAUAAAGUCACCCAGAGGAAAUGUGAGUCAUGGAGACUCUCAGUGCUCAGAAGGCAUUGCUGGUGAACUGCUCUGAAUCUCUGAUUUUGGACCAUGGGUGCUGCACUGUACUGGAGGGUAAUGCCAUGGACCUAAAAGAUAUUCUGCUAGUUAAUCUGAGUGGCCUGCUGUUAAAGAACCUGCACCAGAUUGGGAGCUGCAAAGCACUGAAAAUUUGCAUCCUGGCUAACAACUUUCUGACAAAGAUCGACCCUCUUAUAGAGUGUGUGAGCCUGGUAAAACUGGAUCUGAAAGGAAAUCAGAUCACUCAUCUUCCCAGUGCUUCGUUUUGGAGUAAUCUGAAAGAUUUACAACUGCUCAAUCUGCACGACAACACCAUCGCAGACAGGAGUAAUAUUAGCGCUCUGUCUGGCUGUCCGAGACUGACCGCCCUGACCCUGUAUGACACCCCCUUGAGCCUGAAACGCAACUACCGCCACUGCGUCGUCAACAGCCUCUGGUUCCUGAAGGCCCUGGAUCACCAUGUCAUCUCCGAUCAGGAAAUUGUGGAAAACUGGUGCCUUCAUCCAAAAUUUAAAACAAUGGCUUCCCAUUUUUCUGUGAAUCUUUAUCCACCUUUAAAUGUGGAUUCCUACCAGAAUGAACUGAAAAUGGUACAUGAAUUAAUUGUGAAGAUAAAUCACAUCCAGGCAAACUACUGCCCAAUUCUUAUUAUUCAGAAAUGGAUUAGAGGACAUCUCACCAGGAGAAGCCUGGGAUUACAUCAGAUCCAUUGGCCUCGAAGAGUGUUAGAGAGGAAUGUAACUCCAGUCAGUACACAGCUAACCCCUCACUCCCCAGAAGCCAACACAUCCUGGAUUAAGAAGUGCAAGACAGAUCAGCUCAGUCUGAAUCAGGAGAAGAGUGCUGCGGCAGUGAACAGGCUGUGUAAGAACCUGAGUAAACUGCUUCAGACGGACAAUCAGGAGCAGAUGGCGCAGGAGGAGAUGAGUGUCCGAUCAGUUGACAGCAAGAAGCUGAAGGACCUCAGGAUACCGUGUAACACUCCUGAGAGCAACAUAAUGAACCCAGGCAACAGCAAGCACAGUAUUGCUGGUAUGGAUGAUGUUUGUGAUGGGUUAAUAGACAGGGAGGCCUUUCAUCUCUUUGGCUAUAAGGCUACUGUGCACUCUUAUGAGCCAUAUGUCCACAUGCUAUUGUCCAGAAAAGCCCUUGGACAGGAGACACGGGAUGCCAUUGAUCACUUUCAUUUACUGAAACCCGUCCACUCUUAUUGCCCACAGCCCCGUCCUCCAAAAAUCACUGUUGAGAAGCACUUUACUGGCAGGUCCCGAGACUGCUUCAGCCUCGCCCCAUUCCGAACCAUUGAUAAGGCAUACUGUGAGAGGAAGAAGGCCGAAGAUCUAAAAGAGAAAGUGGAACAAGUUGCCCAGUUGCAGGCCCGCCGUGAAGAUGUCUGUAGGCACCGUCAAGGCUUCCUGGAGGCUCGGAGGAGGGACACACUUCAACAGCAGGACCAAGACAAAGCCGACCUGGAAGAAAUGCUCAGCCUGCAGAAGGCCAAAAACGAAAAGGAAGUGCAGAUUGCCCGCCAGAAACACCUCAGCUUCCUGGAGGGGAAAAGAAGGAGAAGGUCAGAGCAAGAGAUGGUCGUCCACUUCAGUGGACAGCACGGCUCACUGACCAAAAUCUUUACAAAACAGCAUAACCAGAAAACACUCUGCAACACUCAACAAGAGAAAAGAAGACAGGUCGCUUGCAGCAAGCAGCAGGACGAGACUCAGAAGCUGCUCAUACACCAAUAUCUGGAGAGCAGGAGGCAGAACGUCCACGCAGAAGCUGUAAUGUCCCGGCUGUCUAUGCACACUGUCCAGUCUGAGAAACAGCAGCAGGAGCUCUCAGCAGCCCAGGCCAGAGUGGCUCAUGUUAAAUCCAGCCAUUGCAGGUGGGAAGUUCUGCGGCCAAUACCACCCAAUCAGCCUGCAUGAUGACUCACACUAGCAGUCCACCUUAACUGUGCUAAUCCACCUUAAUUCAGACGGAAGUAGAUUAAUGUAGAAAUUGUAUAAGAGUCAUUCCACCGAAUUGGUGCCAUUUGCUUGUUGUACUCUUCAAAAUUAAACUUUUUUUUUUAAA